CAGAAUGCCACGUCAUCAGAUUCUGACCGUGCUUUUUUUGUACGUGUCAACGUACCACAGGCCAUCUCAUUUCGCAGCAUCACCUACCACAAAACAGACAAAUCAUGGAUCUGAGCCGUUAAGCAUAUGGUUUUAAUAACCAUCCAACGAUCCACGUCCCAAAUUCUAACACUAGAACGUUCUCGUCCCUCCUACAAAUUUGCUGUCCUGUCUGCACAAGAAUAUUGUAGCUCCUGACGUCGCACUUUCGAGUGAUCCAAUUCGCACAAUCACAUUUUAUUCAGUCUCUGCAUCAUAUAUAGAGAUUUUUGUUUUUUUUUUUUUUGGAAGAUCGUCGCUAUCUAUGGGUAAGUCCUAUCCACCUGUUAGCGAAGAGUACCAGAAGGCUAUUGAGAAAUGCAAAAGAAAGCUCAGAGGAUUCAUCGCCGAGAAGCACUGUGCUCCGUUGAUGCUCCGAUUGGCAUGGCACUCUGCUGGGACUUUUGAUGUGAAUACGAAAACGGGAGGGCCGUUUGGGACGAUGAAGCACCCUGAAGAGCUUGCUCAUGAAGCAAACAAUGGCCUUGAUAUUGCUGUCACGCUAUUGGAGCCCAUCAAGGCCCAGUUUCCAAUCAUUUCCUUCGGAGACUUCUAUCAGUUGGCUGGUAUAGUUGCUGUUGAAGUUACAGGAGGGCCUGAGAUUCCUUUCCACCCUGGGAGGCAGGACAAAUCUGAACCACCUCCGGAAGGUCGCUUGCCUGAUGCCACUAAAGGCUCUAACCAUCUAAGGGAAAUCUUUGGCCACAUGGGUCUCAGCGAUAAAGAUAUCGUCGCUCUAUCUGGUGGUCACACCCUGGGAAGGUGCCAUAAGGAGCGUUCUGGAUUUGAGGGACCGUGGACCACCAAUCCUCUCAUUUUUGAUAAUUCGUAUUUCAAGGAACUUCUUAGUGGGGAAUGGGAGAAGAAAGGUCUAAUUCAGCUGCCAUCGGACAAAGCUCUUCUGGAGGAUCCAGUCUUUCGGCCCCUUGUUGAGAAAUAUGCUGCAGAUGAGGAUGCCUUCUUUGCUGAUUAUGCUGAUGCUCAUUUAAAGCUCUCGGAGCUAGGAUUUGCGGAUGCUGACUAAGGCUGCUCUGGGAAAUGGUUGGCUAGUGGUGCUGUCUGGUUCCUGGUGAUUUCUCAUUGUCUUGUGUUGUAUAUGUUCUUUAAAGUCAUCAGCACUAUCAUGAUCAUCCGGAUAAAAUAUGCUAAAAUUCUAAGUUAUGAAUAAAAUUUUCUCUAAUUUGCCACUAUGCCA